CAGAGGCACAUAUUGAACUUCUCAGGCGGAGAAGAGCUGCAGAGAGGGAAAGAGGAAACGUAGUUUGCGGUUCUGCCUUCUCCUACCCCGGUGCCUGGUAACUGUUUCCAGGGCAACCGUGCCGUCAACAACUCUAAGCAGCCCCGAGAGUAACAGAAGAAAGGGUGUUUUAUUCCCAAGAGAGGACUGCGAAGAAGAGGUCAAAGGAGAAAUACGUGAGAGAAACCUCAGUUCCUCGAGAAGGCAGGAGAGUAGGAAAGAAAAGGGAAGCAGUGAAGAAAAGGAUGGAGAUACUGGCCUAGUGAGAAAAAAGCUGAAUAGUUUUAAGGAGUCAUUUGGUGGCCAUGGAUCCACCGUGCUCUUCUGAGAGCAUUUAUAACCUCAUACCCAGUGACUGGAAGGAGCCUCCCCAGCCUCCUAGGUAUGUAUCAGUUUUCAAGGCAGCUGUAAAAGAGGAUAUGCAAAAAUUUAAAACUGCAGUGAAAACUAUGGGACCAGCAAAACUUGAAAUACCUUCCCCAAAGGAUUUCCUGAAGAAACAUUCAAAGGAAAAAUCUCUACCACCCACAGAAAAAAAGUUUGAUCGAAACGAGCCCAGAAAGCCUCCUGUGCCUUUGAGGACUGACCAUCCAGUCAUGGGAAUACAGUGUGAAAAAAAUUUUAUAAAUACAAAUGCAGCCGAUGUCAUUAUGGCAGUGGCUAAAAAGCCUAAACCAGUUUAUGUUGACAGAAGAACUGGAGACAAGCAUGACCUUGAAACUUCAGGACUGCUUCCGAAGUACAUCAAUAAAAAGGAUUAUGGUGUCACGCCUGAAUAUAUAUGUAAGCGAAAUAAGGAAGCGAAGAAAGCGCAGGAGGAGUAUGAUAACUAUAUCCAAGAAAACCUUAGGAAAGGAGCGAUUAAAAGGGUAUCUGACGAAGAAAGGGAGGCAGUUCUGCAAGGGCUGAAAAAGAAAUGGGAAGAGGUGCACAAAGAAUUCCAGUCCCUCUCGGUCUUCAUCGACUCCAUAUCAAAGAAGAUCCGCAAGCAGAAGCUGGAAGAAGAAAUGAAGCAACUGGAACAUGACAUUGGUGUCUUCGAAAAGCACAAAAUCAUUUAUGUUGCUAAUAAGUAAUAGUGGAUUUUUUAAAAACAUAGUCAUUUCAACGUAGAAAAAACACAGAAAAAAAUGAAACCAUAAGUUUUCAAAGCGGAAAAUGCUAUAGGGAGUAUGAAAAUAGUUUUACUGAAAUGGCUUAGGCAAAGUUUAAAGAAUAAAUGGAUUAUUUACUAACAGAGAAAAAAAUUUUUUUACCAGUGUCCGGGUUUCCAUGUCUAACCCAGUUAAAGUUUGAUGUUAGGUAUUCCAGCUCUAUAGCAUAAUUAAUUCAUUGUUAUUGUGUACUUAUUUCAGAUAAACAUUAAUUUCUAGGCCCUGAAAAAGUCAGUACUCAGAAAUUCACAUUUUUUUGUACACUGAAUAAUACAAUAAACAUAACAUUCAAAACUAACAUUUUGAAUUAGAAAUAGUGCUGUAAGCUUUUUUACUACUCUGAAGUGUUUUCUGCAUAUUGUCUUAGCUACAAAUCACAUAUAUUCUCUGGUGGCCUGUGUCAUUUUCAGCUAUUCACACCUAUAAAUAUUUUCAAUAUCCAUAAUGUUAUAUAGGCUGAGAGGUUUACAUUUGGAAGAAGAAAAAUUAAGAAGCUAACAUAAAGUCAAGGCGACAGCUUAGCAAAUGCAUUCAUUGAGGAUAAAGAGAAGAGCCUCUUUCCUGACAUCCAGCUUUUAAAAACUUAGCUACUCUCGGUGCCUUAUUCCAUAAUUUAUUAUAUGUAUUUCACUAAAAUAGGAUCUUACUUUUCCUUUUUGGUUUUCUCUAUUUUGUGAAUUCUCAUGUUUCUAUUUUUAAUGUUACAUAAUUUCUUAAGCAGUAAGUUUAUGCAAGUAGAGCUGUCUUCAACCCAAAAUGAACAAACCUGUAAGUAUCCAAGAAGGAAAAGAUUCUCUUGUGAAAUUUUUAGAGAAAUUUGGUAAAAUACAUGGAACUAUAAAAUAUCAGAGCAAUACUGUAUACAAGAAAUUCUCACUUAUCCGGAACGGUUGGUUGCUACUGAGGGAAGAUGAAGAGCUGUAACAAGAAACCCCAAAAUGUCUGUUUACUAAAGCACAUUAGAAACUCAGUUCUGGCUCCCAUAGCAGGACUGUGCUGUGAAGAGACCCACAGGAUCCCUGUUCCACUCAGUCACUCAGGGCCCCAGACUCCAGGGUUGGGUAAGCUCCCUUCUCUGCAGAGUUGAGGGGUGGCAUGUCCAGGCCUGGACAGGUGCACAUCAUUUCCACUUGCAUUUUCUAAGUAACACUAGUUGCUUUAACAAACUACCUCCAAAUUUUAGUUGCCUGAUUAAAAGA